UUUUACAGAUUUUAUUGUUUUGGAAAUGGAUUGGAGAUGGCUAUAGUUUUUAUAGUUUUGGAGAUAGGUUGGAGAUGCUCUCAUGGUCGUAUUAUGUCGAGCCGAGGGUUAAGAAGAGCAAACCCAGAAGCAUUUCCUUAUUGGGGAUUGUGCGAUCGCUUAUCUGUUCUCACUUUCCGCUGCUGCAUGGUGUACUAUGGGCACUGUAAGAAUCCGUGUGGUGUUCGAAGACGACGGCCGCAUUCUGACCGAAUCACAGGUAUCGCAAGGGUUGAAUCAAAGCUGGAUCCUGCUCAAACCACAACACCAAUCCAUUUCUGAUCUCUCCUCCUAUCUCGCCCACUUUUUCGACCUCCAUCGCUCCUGCCCUAAUGGCAUCUUCCUCUCUAUGGAUGACUUUGUGUUGCCACCAUUUGAAUCAACAUGUGUUCUAAAGGAUAAGGAUGUAAUCAGAGUCCAGAGAAAAGGACGAAGGUUGCGUGACGUUGUCAAGGUAGAUAAUGGACUAAAUUUGAGUGAGGACAAAGGAAUUGUGGAGAAGCAACCUGUUAUCACUUGUGCGCCACUUUCAGUGAACGUGGAGUUUGGAAAGGAGACUGGUGGUUACCAAAUUGAGCCUGAAGAGGAAGAAGAUACAUUACUCAUAAAUAAUCCAUCUGGUGGAAAUGCCAUUUCGAAGAAAAGGAAAGCAUCAAAGAAACUCCAGAGCCCGGAGAAGAAGAAAAAACGUACUAUGGCUCCUCGAGAUCUUGAAAAUGAUUUCCAAAUGGAGCAUAAUGAGAGCUUUAACGACGAUGGCCUCCCCUGUGGGAAGAGUGUUGACAAGAAGCAGAAAGUAUCUGAUGUAAGGAGUGAACCUCAGAGAGCUAGUACUUCUACAAAUGGUGACAGAAAUAAUGACAAUGUUGAGACUUUGUCUAAAUCAAAGAGGUUUGGCAAGCUUCAAGAAAAUGGAGAAGCAUGUGGUGACGUGCCUCACACGUCUGAUGGAACUAAAAAGGUCCCUAGUAGAAGUUCUCGGCGGCAAUAUGCCAGAAGGCGAUGGCUGAAGGAACUAAAAGCUGAAAAGAAAGAGCUUGAUCGGUUGCAACAAAACGGUGAAGCAGGUGGUGAGAUUGCUGCAGAUGAUGAGACUGUUCCCCUCAUUACUAGGCCAGGAUACAUUCGCUUUGAGCCUCUGGAUGCAGGCCAGCCUGCCCAGCAAAGCCUAGUAUCCGUGGAAACUCUCCAAGGGAACAGGAUCACCAGCAAGAGAAGAGGUACAAAAUGGGGCAGAGAAAAUUUUGCAUCGAGCGGAAGACACGAUGACAAAGCCUCCAACAAAGAACAUUUUCAAAUGAUGACUACUGAUAAAGGGGAACCUCCAAAUGCUCCCGUCGACUUUGAUGAACUUGCACCCCUUAAUAGGUUGCCUAUGGAAGGUGAAGUAAUUGCAUAUCGCCUAGUGGAGUUAUCAUCAUCUUGGAGCCCUAAGCUUUCAACUUUUCGAGUUGGCAAAACAGCAUGGUGCGAUCCAAAGUCCAAAAGAAUUCUACUUACACCAUUAGCAGGAUAUCCAGUUAUUCUCGAGAAUCAGCAAGAUGAAGAUGGAUAUGAACAACUAGAAGAUUACUCUCCUUAUGGUCAAGAUGGAUCUUUAGAGAUAAGUUUUAUGUCACUUAUAGAUGUCCGGGUUAUGAACAAUGUCAACUCAGAUCCUCCAAAAGCAUCUUCCGGUUGGACUAAGAAGGCUCCCAUCGUCAAUGAAGCUACCACAUGGAGUGCGGGUCCAAGCAAUAACUAUAAGCAAACCCAUGCCCCCAUCGAAGAAAAUGAGGUGAGUGUGUGGGAUAAACACGUACAAGCCCAAAGCGCCAAGAAAGCACAGGUGAUUCAUGUGAAUAGUCGGAGUAACGAGAACUCUGGUUCAAGGCCGUCUACAAGUAGAGCCUCGAGAAAUAGUGCACUUGCCCCAUCAUUGGCUCUUCUAAGAGCUCGGAAUGCUAUGUAAAUUGACAGCCCCUAUGAGGGUCAUUGUUCAUAAGGGAACUAAAAAGACCCCUUUGUGUAAUGUAUGCAACUUUUGAGCUGAUUUCGGAAAGCUUGACCUCUUAAAUAGAAGUAGCGUUUUGGAAGUUUAGAUUA